GGCUCAUUUACAUCCCUCUUUCGACAGAGGAAUGUAGUCUAGACAUGCCCAGAGUCAUUAAUGUUUUAGCAGCGAUGUACAUGUACAGAGGGGUCACAGUAGUUUCAGAACACAGGUUUAUAAAACUAAGUGCACAUUAUUUUUUAUAUGUUUAUUUCUAAUAUUAAACUUGCUCAGAUAUUUUCAUGUAUCUUCACAUUCUGAAUCCUUGGUGAUUAAAAGGUGUGGGGAAAAUUUUAAAUUAGUUUCUAUCAGCUUAACUUAAAAUCAGAAUCAGGCCCUUUGUCUUGUGUGUGCAGUGAAAAAAAAAAUUCAUUACAGCUACAUACUAAAUACACCAAGUGACUGACAUGUUUUCAUUCAGUCUAUUUUAAAUGUUUCUUAAAUUGGAUACUUAAUUGUUAAUUUUUGUGGUAUUUUCAAUAAGGUUUUUAAUUGAGGAGGUCUAAAAAUGUCUUACAUUAGAAGAUAGAGCAUUUCCCCUGCAGAAACGUCCAUCUACUGUAAUUAAAACUUUUAAAUAUUUUUUUUAGUAUUGAUCUGACUACAGAUGUUACUACUAGUAGUGCUGAUGCCAACAAGGCAGACUGCGUGCAACAAGAAGAUGACAGUAGAUUCUCUUUAAUUACCUGGAAUAUUGAUGGUCUGGAUCUAGGAAAUCAACAAGAGAGAGCUAGAGGAGUUUGCUCUUAUUUAGCACUAUACAAUCCGGAUGUGGUGUUUUUACAGGAGGUUAUUCCACCAUACUUCAGUUAUCUACAGAAGAGAGCAGUUAGUUAUACAAUCAUUCCAGGUAAUAUAGGUGGCUAUUUCACUGCCAUAAUGCUGAAAAACUCAAGAGUUAAGUUUUUGAGGCAAGAGAUAAUACCUUUUCCAACAACCUCCAUGAUGAGAAACCUAUUAGUUGUAUAUGUUAAUAUAUCUGGAAAUGAACUCUGCCUUAUGACUUCCCAUCUAGAGAGCACAAAAAGUCAUGCCAAGGAACGCCUAAACCAACUGAGACAGGUGUUCAAGACAAUGCAGGAGGCAUCAGAGUCAACUACUGUUAUAUUUGGAGGGGAUACAAACCUAAGAGACCAUGAGGUUACUGAAGUAGGUGGCUUACCUAAUAAUAUUUUGGAUAUAUGGGAAUUUUUGGGCAAACCAGAGCACUGCCAUUAUACAUGGGACACAAACUGCAAUAGUAACCUGGAUGGAAGGUACAAAUGUAAGUUCCGAUUUGAUCGCAUAUUCUUCCGAACUGCAGCAGAAGGUGGACAGAUUAUUCCACGGAGUCUGGACUUAAUUGGACUUGAAAAAUUAGAGUGUGGCAAAUUUACCAGCGAUCAUUGGGGUCUUCUGUGUGAUUUUGAUGUGAUACUAUAAAGAAAACAAAGCUUUUAAUGUCUGUGUAUUAUUGCAAAAGCUUUUACAUUUUUUAACCUUUGGAUUUCACAAAAUUUAAAUUCCAAACUUACAUAAGAUUCAUUUUACAAUCCGAAGGGUUAUCCAUUCAUUUAACAUCUGGGAUGACUUAUUAAAAAGGCAAAAUCUUUUAAUUUUUAUAUGCAUUCCAGGAGAUUUUUUAAAAUUUAUUUUACUGUGGCAAUAAAGUAGAGAAAUACAAAACAAAAUCCAUUUUAAAAUGGAGACAAAAUCUCAAAUAGAAUCCGUCAAAGAAUUAAAGUAUUAUUGUUAUUCAAACUUUUCUUUUAGUACUUUUUGUUGUAAUAGUCUUAAUAAAUAUUGAUUGUAAAUUA